AUGGAACUUAUUUCUACAUGGGACAAAUUUAACCCCAACUACAAAUGUGACAUCUGGAGCAAUCUGAUAGCUGUCAUUGGGGGACUUAACUCUGACACUUCUCUCCACAUUGCAACCAUACUGGGCAUCUACAAGAUUUCACAGCUCAUGUACGGCUCUACAUCAGAGAGAAGUGGAAAAAACCAGGUCUUUCCUUCCUUCCAGAUGGUCCCAAAUGAAGCCCAUCAGUAUGUGGGGAUUCUCCAAUUACUCUUGCAUUUCAAGUGGAUAUGGAUUGGGAUACUUGCAGCAAAUGAUGACAAUGGAGAAAGGUUUGUGCAGAUUGCACUUCCCCUAUUUUUCCAGAGAGGUAUAUGUUUUGACUUCAUAGAAAAAACUCCCAUCUUAAAUUUUUUCACUGACUUUUACGGUGUGAUGAUAUGGAUCCAGGAAAUAUAUGCCAUUUUCAUGAAUAGAAAAGCCAGUGUAUUAGUAUUUUAUGGAGAAAUCCAGGCCAUCCUCAUUUUAGGAACAUUGCUAUGUGUACCAGAAACAACAAUUAACCCAAAAGGUAAAGUGUGGAUAAUGUCAGCCCAGAUGGAUCUUGUAAUGUUAGGCUUACAAUGGACUUGGGAUAUACAAAUGUUUCAUGGUGCUAUUGCCUUCACAAGUCAUUCUCAUGAGCUAUCAGGAUUUCAGAAUUUCCUUCACACAAGAAACCCUUCUGUAGCCAAAGAAGAUGGUUUUAUCAAGGACUUUUGGCAGCAGGCAUUCAACUGUAAAAUGUCAAAUUCCACUGUGGUUGAAAUGGAAAUGGAAAUCUGUACUGGACAGGAGCAGCUGGAGAACCUUCCUGGGACAUUUUUUGAAAUGAGCAUGACUGGUCAUAGCUAUGGCAUCUACAGUGCUGUCUAUGCUGUGGCACAUGCUCUAUAUGCCUUGCAUUUAUCCAAAUCCAGACAAAGGCGAAUGAGGGAUAAAGGGAGAUGGACACUUCAGAAUCAACAGCCAUGGCAGCUGUACCGUUUUCUGAAAAGUGUCACAUUUAAUAACAGUGCCGGGGACAAAAUUUCCUUUGAUGAAAAUGGAGAAUCAGGAGCUGGUUUUGAUAUUGUAAACUGGGUUUUUUGGCCAAACCAGUCUUUUCGUAAAGUGAAAGUCGGAAGAAUGGAUCUCCAGGCCUCUCCAGCACUCACCAUUACAGAAAGCGCUAUCACAUGGCAGAGCUGGUUUAACCAGGUGCUGCCCCUCUCUGUGUGCAAUGAUCAUUGCUAUUCUGGUUACAGCAGGAAAAAGAAAGAAGGGGAGCCAUUUUGUUGCUAUGAUUGCAUUCUGUGUCCAGAAGGGAAAAUUACCAAUAAAAAAGAUAUGGAUGACUGCAUUAAAUGCUCAGAAGAUCAUUAUGCAAGCAAAAGCCAUGAUUCAUGCAUCCCCAAACCUGUAAGCUUCUUGUCUUAUGAAGAACCUUUGGGAAUCAGUUUAGCCAUUUUUACUGUUGCUUUUUCUUUCAUCUCAGUGUUGGUGCUAGGAACAUUUAUGAAGCACCAGGACACUCCCAUUGUCAAAGCCAACAACAGGAACCUCACCUACACUCUCCUCAUCUCCCUCCUGCUUGGCUUCCUCUCUGCUUUGCUAUUCAUUGGUCCACCUGACAAGGUGACGUGUCUCCUUCGACAAACUGCUUUUGGCAUCAUCUUCUCAGUGGCCAUUUCCUGUGUGUUGGCAAAAACCGUCACUGUUGUUCUGGCUUUCAGGGCCACCAAGCCAGGAUCCAGGAUAAGGCAAUGGAUAGGGACAAGACUGGCCAACACUAUUGUUCUGUCUUGUUCUCUAAUCCAAACAGGCAUCUGUACUAUGUGGCUGGCAACUUCUCCCCCAUUCCCAAAUUUUGACAUGCACUCAAUGACUGAUGCAAUUGUACUUGAGUGUAAUGAGGGGUCAACUAUCCUGUUUUAUUGUGUUCUGGGCUACCUGGGUUUCCUGGCCAUUAUCAGUUUGAUUGUGGCUUUCCUGGCCAGGAAGUUACCUGACAGUUUCAAUGAAGCCAAGUUCAUAACUUUCAGCAUGCUGGUCUUCUGCAGUGUUUGGUUGUCCUUUAUUUCCUCUUACAUGAGCACCAAGGGAAAAUACAUGGUGGCUGUGGAGCUUUUUGCUAUAUUAGCCUUCAGUGCUGGAUUACUGGGUUGCAUCUUUUUCCCCAAAUGCUACAUCAUUGUGGUUAAACCAGGACUGAACAACAGGGAGCAUCUAAUGUUGAGAAUGAGAAAAAGAAGCCAAGUAUCUAGGUCUUCUGCUUUAGGUUGCAAUCUAAAGCUGUGA